AUGUUUGAAGCUGAAGCCCUUCACUGGUGGAACAUUGUGGUCCGAACAGAGGGAAAAGAAAAGGUUAAGGAGAUGAAGUGGGAGGAGUUUAUUCAAAAGUUUCUUGCUAAGUAUUGUCCUCCCACAUUGACCGAGGAACAACUGAUCAAUAGGUUUAUUUGGGGUCUACCCUCUGAAAUGAGGGUGUUUAUCAAAUCCAAAUCCCCCAAGACUUUUGCAGAAACUGUUGAGGCUGGCGCCGUCAUGGCUGCCGAGAUGAUUCUGCGGCAGGCUGAAUCUCCCGCACCAAAAAGAAAGUGGGAAGAAAGAAAGGGGGACACCCGGAAUAACAACUUUAAAAGGCCUAAAAUAUUUCCUCAAUGUCAAAUUUGCAAACGCUUUCAUACGGGGGAAUGUCGUUUUCCUUGUCCAAAUUGUAAAAAGACGGGUCAUGCUCUUCAAGAAUGCAAGGAAAAGAAGAAGUGUUUCAAAUGUGGAGACCCGAACCACAUGAGAUCUGAAUGUCCCGAACUCAAAAGAAAUGAUAGGACACAACCAAAUCAGCCAAAAGGGCGGGCAUUUGUACUCACCACGGAAGAAGCCAAGACCAAUACAGACGUUAUCACGGGUACGUAUCUCGUAAAUGAUGUAUAUGCGCAUGUGUUAUUUGAUACCGGUGCAAAUAGAAGUCUAGUGUCGACUACCUUUAGACCUUACUUGAACCAGGCGUCCCAAACCCUAGAUCAUAUCUUUACAGUAGAAAUGGCUGAUGGAAGUCAAAGAGAGAUAGUUGACAUAGUUAAGAAUUGUAAAAUAAGCUUAAACAACCAUGUUAUCCCUAUAGACCUAAUGCCUAUGGAACUUGGAGAAUUCGACAUAGUCAUAGGAAUGGACUGGUUGACACCAUAUCAUGCGGAAAUUAUAUGUGACAAAAGGAUCGUGUGA